GGCCGGGGGCCUCGUCAUCCGCUGAGAAGCGGCCGCGCCGUCACGGCCCGUCGCGCUCACGCAGUCUGCAGCCGUAGCGCGGACGGAGAGGGCCGACGUGCUUCUUGUCGGCCGUAGGCCGCUCGUGCCGUUCAAAAUCGACAGCGUCGAUCCAUUAAGAGGUAAGAACAUCCCGAAUUGUAGAAGACUACCUGCACGCUUACAGUUCUUGUUUGGAUUUUCAAUCCAUUGAUCAAGGGUGCCUUUUCCAUUCGUCUUUUCCUCCGUUGAUGUCUUUCCGAUGGAAGGUUGCCAACAUUGUCCUGAUUCCAUCCCCACAUGCUCGGAUGAAGCAAUUCUCAACGGCGGUUGCCGGUUGACUCGUCACAGGUCACAGCGAUUAGCGCUAAUUAGCCUGAUCGUGUAGUGACGCCGGCCGCUCGGAAGCCACGCCGCCGGGGCAAGCCAAGGCCGCUCGCCGUUGUUGUUCGAGGGCCGUAGUCGGGGAGGCACCGGGUUCCGCGGGCAGGCGUUUCAGGCGUACAUAACCGCUGCCUGGGAUGGCCUAUUUCUCUCAUCGAAGAGCAAAGGGCUGAUAACGUGUUAAGAGGAAAAUGAAUCAACUCACUCCUUUACUAGAUGGCAUCUGCUAUUUAUACAAGGGAAAGGAUAUCAUUGGAAAAGGUGUCUGUUCAGAGGAGGUGCCUGUUCGACAGGAACCGACGCGGCCGUUUUACAACUGCCUGCGGUUAGUACAAGCAGGGAUUAAUCCCAUAAUUAACAUAUGGUUAAUUAAGUGUUUGGUUGGAUGAUUUCUGCCCGUCAUCUGAUUACAGCGUGAUCUGAAAACGUUACGCGCGUUUGGUAACGCGGCGCCGUAAUCGGCUUCCACCGUAAACGAGUCCCGUCACACUUGCGCUCGAUACCGCCCACCCCCCACCGUAACCAAGUUGCGCCCGUCAGGCUGCCCCCUCUGCUUUAUCGAAGCCGCCGGUUAGUGCCACCACUUCCCUCCUUCCAGCCGCCGAAGAUGCCUCCAUGGCCUGCAGCUGCUGGCCGGAUAUCCCUCCAUGGCCUGCAUCUCGGUGAGGAACCCCAUCGACGCCGACAAGGACGGGCUUGAGGACGGGCUUGUUCUUGGCUUCGAUUCUGUGAGAUUUUUUUGUUUUUUUGCAAUCUGAUUACACAGCAGAUCUUGUUAGCUCUGUAACUUGAUACCUUUACAUGCAUGAAACAAACAGAAAAGCAAAUCCUCCUAUUACGCCGUGAUCCCACCGCUACCUGAUUCCAUUACCAGUCCCGUUACCUUUGGUUGUACCAAACACAUCCUAACAGUAAUCGCCCGAGCUAUGCUCUCCUUGUUGGACAGACGGCUAUUUGUAGUGGCCAUGGUUGGUUGUUCGUCCGUGCAUCGUCUUGAUCUGUUGCCACAAUCCCUUCCGGACUCCAUGGAUGUUGGUGUAAUUUUUGUUACCGAUUGGGUUUUCUGUACCGUUAUUACUAGAUCAGAUAAUUAUUUUGCAAACAAAAAAAUUGUGCCCGGCAUACUUAGCAAAAAGCGAAGCAGAGAAAUGCACAUGUGAUUAGAAGUUUGGAGCAGAGGCAGCCGACGCAGGCUACACGGAGUUGCAUAUGGAUAAGUUCAUUCCGUUUCAAAAAUAUGGAUAAGUUCACCCGAUCAACCCGAUCCAUCUUCUUCCAUUCAAGCACAGUAGCAAACAACUAGCUAUUCACAACACACCAGUGGCACGCGAGCACUCACACCAGUGUGGGAAUAAGAGCUAGCAUCCCAUGCAGCGAGCGAAGCCGCCGACCGGCGCCGGCCCCGCCACCUACGUAAGCUCUGGCCCCCACGGCGGCCCGGCGAACGGCUAUAAAUACGAGCCCGCGCCGCUUGCCAUUCCUCAGGCGAAGGAGCAACGGGCACACCACACCACUCCUCGACUCCACUCCACUCCCCGCCAGCACUUCACGUACCCAGCCAGCCAGCCAGCAAUGGCGAUGCAGCAGGGCGGCGGCGAGGGGGAGACGCUGAUGCAGCGGUGCAAGCCGUACGUGGCGAUGAUCUCGCUGCAGUUCGGGUACGCCGGGAUGAACGUGAUCACCAAGGUGUCGCUGAACCACGGCAUGAGCCACUACGUGCUGGUGGUGUACCGCCACGCCUUCGCCACCCUCUCCAUCGCGCCCUUCGCGCUCUUCCUGGAGCGCGGCAAGGCCCGCCCGCGGAUGACCCCCCUCGUCCUCCUCAACAUCUUCCUCCUCGCCCUCAUGGGCCCCGUCACCGACCAGAACUUCUACUACGCCGGCCUCAAGUACACCUCGCCCACCUUCUCCUGCGCCAUGAGCAACAUGCUCCCCGCCAUGACCUUCGUCAUGGCCGUCAUCUUCCGGAUGGAGAAGGUGGACCUCAAGAAGCCCAGGUGCAUGGCCAAGGUGGCCGGCACGCUCGUCACCGUGGCCGGCGCCAUGCUCAUGACGCUCUACAAGGGCCGCGCCGUGGAGAUGAUCUGGUCCAGGCACGCCCACCUCCCCGGCCCGCACCAGGACGCCGCCGCCGCCGCGAAGGACUGGUUCAAGGGCUCCAUAUUCCUCAUCAUCGCCACCCUCGCAUGGGCCUCCCUCUUCAUCCUCCAGGGCCCGACGCUGACGAGGUACAACGCGCCGCUGACCCUGACGACGCUCAUCUGCUUCGUGGGCACCCUGCAGGCCAUCGUGGUCACCUUGGCCAUGGAGCACACCACCGACGUCUGGAAGAUCGGCUUUGACAUGAACCUCCUCGCCGCAGCAUACGCUGGUAUCGUGACGUCGAGCAUUGCCUACUACGUGCAAGGGCUGGUGAUCCAGAGCAGGGGCCCCGUCUUCGCCUCGGCCUUCAGCCCGCUCAUGAUGAUCGUGGUGGCCAUCAUGGGCUCCUUCAUCCUCGCCGAGAACAUCUACCUCGGAGGGAUCAUCGGGUCCGUGCUGAUCGUGGCCGGGCUCUACUCGGUGCUCUGGGGGAAGCACAAGGAGGACGUGGAGAAGAAGGAGAUCGAGGCGACGGAGAUCCCCGUGGCGAUCAAGGGCGUGGAGGGCAACGGCAGGAUCAUGGACAUGGUGGAGCUGGACGAGGUGGAGCUGGAGAAGGCCCAGGCCAACGGCAAGGCGGUCACCAUCUCGGUGCCGGCCGCCGCCGGGGAAGCCGGCAUGCAGCGCAACGACGAGAACUGAUCGCUGGAGCAAGAGAUGGGUGGAUCUUGAUGCUGUGGUGGUGUGGUCGUCUAGUGCUCUGAGCAGUGGUGGUAGUAACAGUAAGAGUACAGCUACUGGUGGUGAUCUGGUAAAACAUAUGCUGUGAGGGAGAGCUUUGUAACGUCUCUAGCUAAUUAAGCCCAUGCUUUUCUGUGAAAGCCUGUCUUAUCUAUCUGCAUCUCUUGUAUCAGCUACCCACUUCAGAAGUCAAUUAUGACAUAUGAGCCAUGAUUAUGCUAUACCUCAGCUA